AUGGUACUUCCUGCUUCCGGAAGCAAAGCCGUACAGUCACCCCCUCACCUAGUCAGGGCACCCUGUCCGACUGGCUACUUCCCUUGUAACAGUUCAGAAGUGUGUGUGGAUCGGCGAGUCAACUGUGACGGACGAUUCGAUUGCCCUGAUCAGUCUGAUGAAUGGGCUUGCGAGGAUCAUAACAGGAAAAAUUAUUUUGAUCAAAUGUUCAAAAAGAGACCAGACGCAGAUAGAGAACAAAAAGUGGCUGGUUGUGAGCUGAGGACAACUCCAGAAGAGUGCAGUUGCUCGAAUACGAGUCUGUAUUGCAACCACCGAAGCCUUCGAAACGUCCCACACAUGUUACCUCAGAAUGUGCAAGAACUAGACUUGUCUGGAAACAAGCUUCAUGUUCUUCAUAAAUCUGACUUUAGUGAACUUCAUCUACUUCAUACACUCAUACUUACAUCUUCUGAAGUAACAAUAUUGAGGCCCGAAGCGUUAGCGAAUUUAUCCAACCUCAAAAAAUUGUAUCUCACCAGCAACAGAAUGUCUGUCAUAGACAAUGGAACAUUUUCAAGCAACAUAAAUCUUAAACUUUUGGUAAUUUCUCAUAAUCCACUCAAUUCUUUAUCACCUGCAGCAUUUAGUAACUUAAUUAAUUUAGAAGAAUUAGAUCUUCGUGAUUGUGGGCUUCGUAGUUUACCCUUCAGAUUGUUUGAUGACCUUUGGAAUCUUCGUGUUCUGUGGCUCGAAGGCAAUCAUCUGGAAUUUCUACCUGAACACAUCUUUCAGAAUUUGAACAAACUUCAAGUGAUGUCAUUGUCGAGAAAUAGACUUACAGCUAUUGAUUCCUACACAUUUCAUGGACUACAGAACUUGACUACUUUGGCUAUAGCAAGAAACAACUUGAACUUCUUGAAUGCGUUUGCUUUUGAAAACUUGACGUCUUUACUAAAACUAGAUCUUCAUGGAAACGAUAUUCGAAGUAUCGAUCGCCAAGCCUUUUCAUGGAUGCCGAAAUUGGAAUCCCUAAAUUUAAGAAAGAAUUCUCUGAAAAGUCUACAGAUAGGAACAUUCGAUGAUCUUCGGCAGUUAAAACAUAUUUAUUUUGACGAGUUCCAUCUGUGUUCUCUUGCCCUUCACGUUCGAAUUUGCGAACCACGUGGUGAUGGCAUCAGCAGCAUUGCCCAUCUCUUGGAUAGUGUGGUUCUCAGAGUUAGCGUAUGGGGCGUGGCCGUGGUUGCUGGGCUGGGCAAUCUAGCUGUACUUGUGGGUCGCUUACUGCUUGCAGAACCCAAUGAAGUCCACUCUUUUUACAUAAAGAAUUUAUCUCUGGCUGACUUGCUGAUGGCUGCUUAUUUGUUUGUGAUUGCUGCUUACGAUCUCCGAUUUAGAGGAGAGUAUAUUCAUCAUGAAGCAAGAUGGAGACACAGUUGGCAGUGUAAUUUGUGCGGGUUCCUUUCGACACUAAGUAGCGAAUCGUCUGUACUCAUCCUCACCAUCAUCACUGUGGACAGGUAUACUUCCAUACUAUAUCCUCUGUCCCUAAAACGUCGUACCAUUUGUUCUGCAUCCAUUGCAAUGGGUGCAGUUUGGAGCUUGGCAAUACUUCUUUCUGCUCUGCCUCUGCUAAAUAUCGAAUAUUAUGGGACAGAAUUCUACGGGAACAACGGAGUUUGCUUGCCGUUGCAGAUACACGAUCCUUUUGGACAGGCUUGGGAAUACUCUACCUUUCUCUUCUGUGGGCUCAACUUGGCUGCUUUUCUUUUCAUCUUAUUUGCCUACUUGUCAAUGUUCUUCACCAUAAGUCACUCUAAGAUAGGACUUCGCUCCACACAACAACUUCAAGAUAGAACCAUUGCCAAGAGGUUUGCGUUUAUUGUCGGCACUGACUUUCUGUGCUGGGUGCCAAUAGUCCUCAUAAAAGUCAUUGCCAUGGCAGGUGUGGAGAUUCAGAAGGAUUUGUACGCGUGGGUAGCUGUCUUUCUACUCCCAGUUAAUUCCGCUCUGAAUCCUGUCCUGUAUACCUUGACAACUAAGUUGUUCAAGCAGCAUUUGGCCAAAAUUGUGUACAGCUGCAGAGGCCCUGCAGCACACAAUGAUAGUAAUUCUGGCAUCAGCCUCAACUCCAUCCUACAGCACAGGAACUCUAAACGAACAAUUGUCACUACCUUCUCUGAGAAGGACCCUUGUUCAUCAAACAGGACAUCUCUUUUUGUACCGGACAGUCCGGCAAGCCUCCGCUUAUCAGCUUUAUCUUCAAAGAAAAAGGACUCCUUUUCCAGGGAAGACAUGUUGUAA